CGGAUAUUUCGAACGAGAAUCACACCUACGGUAAAGGAACAAAUUAUGGCAUCCCCAACUUCAACUGUGAAUACUGGUACUCCGUCUAGCACAAACAGAUCCGCAACCUAGAAGAAUCUGUGAAGAUUCCAUUACUCAAGCAGUCCCUGACAGCCAUCUUCUCUCAAUAUGGAACCAUAAUCGACCUCGUCGCGAAGAAGAACCUGAAAGCCAAAGGACAAGCCUUCGUCGUCUUUGACAGUCCCCAAGCGGCUGAGCAGGCUAUCAAAGAAGUCCAGGCAUUCCCUCUCUUCGAUAAACCUAUGGUUCUGGCCUUUGCAAAGUCCCGAAGCGAUGCGACCGUCAAGCGAGAAGCCGGCGAAGACAGCCAGGAGUUUGAGGCCCACAAGCGCCGGAGGCUUGCAGAGAGGGAACGGAAACAAGCAUUGGCAGCUCUGGAAUCCCAGCGUCAUGCAUCCACCACGGCAGCUCCCCAAGUGGAUUCUGCGAAGGCUACUAAGAAGUCCGGGGGCCUCAAGUCUACGGCACCUGCGGCAGCUCCACAAAUUCCCGACGAGUAUCUUCCACCCAACAGUACGUUGUUUUUACAAAACCUACCGGACGAGACGGAUUCAGAUACCCUCACUUCGCUAUUCGGACGGUUCGAUGGGUUCAAGGAGGUGCGUAUGGUGCCCGGAAGAAAGGGUAUUGCGUUUGUGGAGUUUGAGCAGCUGGAAGGCGCCAUUGGGGCGAAGGAGGGAAUUGGGGGAAUGACCUUGGGGGACAAGGUCGUGAAGGUUACGUAUCAAAGGCAGUAGUGGUGGUGAUGUACUAGUAGUAUAUGUAUCAAUGUCCAUCCGUUUU